AUGGACAAAUAUAUUAUCCGAAAAAGUCCAAACAAGGAAUCAGUAAAUUCCAAUUUAAAAACUGUUGAAGUUCAAAAUACCACAGCAAUUGCAUUGCCUUCUGAUCAUUUGAAAUCCGAAAAUUUGAAGUUGCAAACAUCUUUCAUUGAACAUAAUGACCUAGCUUUACCAUUACCAUCUGAUCGUUUAAAAAGACACUCAAAAUUACUCAAAGGGCCCUGCCAAGUCCACUUAUCUCUUUAUCCAAGAGUAAAAUUCGGGGAUCGAUUUCGUUCUUUUCAAAAAUCAUGGUACGAAACUUUUAAAUGGUUAGAAUACAGUGAAAGUAUAAACGCAGCAUUUUGUUUUUGUUGUCGAGCAUUCUCUUCGAAUAAUAUAAUUAAAAAAGGUCAUAUCGAUCAAUCGUUUAUAAAGAAAGGUUUUACUAAUUGGAAAGGUGCCACUGAAGCUUUUAGACUACACGAGAAGUCACAAUGUCAUAUUGAUAGUGUGAUGUCGUGGGAACAUUUAAAAAAAGGAAUUCCCAUUGAUGUUAAGUUGGAUAAACAAAAAGAAAUCACAUUAGCAGCUCGUGAAAAAAUACGUUUAGAAAACCGGGACAUCAUCAAACGUUUAAUUGAUGUUAUAAUUAUAUUAACCAAAAGCGGAAAAAUCGUAGAUCUACUCAAACGAUACGAUCCUAUUAUAAAAAAUCAUUUAGAACAUGGGCCUAAGAACGCACACUAUUUGAGUGGAAAGAUUCAAAAUGAAUUAAUAGCCUCAGUUCAUAAUGUGAUGUUUCAAGAAAUAUGCAAGAGGUUAAAUGGUCAACAGAUUGCAGUUAUGGCUGAUGAGACUAGUGACUGUGGUCUCAUUGAGCAAAUGGCAAUCGUAGUAAGAUAUUUUGAUGAUGUAGAAAAUAAACCUAUCGAAUUAUUCAUCUCUCUGGAGCGUCUAGAAACUACUGAUGCACAAUCCAUUUUUAAUGUUUUAAACACAAUAGUCCAUAAGUUAAAACUCGAUUGGCUCUCUGUUUCUUCCGUUUGUUUCGACGGCGCAGCCGCAAUGGCAGGUCAUAUUUCUGGAGUUCAAUUCCGAUGUAAAGAAAAAAAACUCUAA